AUGGCGAGUGCCCACCAGUCACCUGCGAUGGGGGGUGGUGUGCACCCGCCGGCCGCCAGCAUGGAAGAUAGGUUGCGCGCCCCACUGCCCGUGGUGGGGACGUGUGCCCCGCCACCUACAGGGUACAUCACUGAAGGGUUUCUCAUUUUGCAACACUCUGUGGACAAGGCCAUCAUGCUCUAUUAUGCCAACAUUACUGCUGAAAAGCUGCUUGAUUCUAGCAGCAUUUUUAUGCAGAGAUUUCCAUCCUCAGAAUAUAAAUAUGAUGUAUUUUUUUCAUAUUCUGGAUUUUUCAUUCCCUUAGUCAUCUUAUUUAUGUUCUCUAUCAAUCAUUUUACCCUCAUUCAAUCCAUUGUAUGGGAAAAGGAAAACAGAUUGAAGGAAUACCAGCUGAUGAUAGGACUCAGUAACUGGAUGCUCUGGGCUGCCUAUUUCACGACAUUCUUAGUUUUUUAUCUAAUUGUCAUCUUUUUAUUGUGCUUCAUUUUUUUUAUCAAGAUUGAGCCUGUUCCAAUUCUUCAGCAUAGUGACCCAUCUCUCAUCUUCAUGUUUUUGUUGUGUUUUGCCAUCGCAUCACUACUGUUCACUUUUAUGGUUAGCACAUUAUUUAGUAAAGCUAAUAAUGCUAUCUCUUUUGGAGGAUUCCUAUAUUUUGUCACUUAUUUUCCAUUUAAUAUUGUCUCUCAAAACUAUCCAAAGAUGACACUCUUCCAGAAGUUGGCCUCCUGCCUCUGCUCAAAUAUUGCAAUGUCACUGGGAAUCCAGUCACUAGUGAGGGCAGAAAGCGCUAGUAUUGGAAUUAAAUGGGACAACGUUCUGUCAUCGACAAAUGUGGAUGAUUUUGUCUUUGCCUAUAUAAUGGGAAUGCUCCUAUUUGACGCUUUCUUGUAUGGCCUUGUGACGUGGUACAUAGAAGCUGUAUUUCCAGGAGAGUACGGUGUGCCUAAACCAUGGUACUUUUUCUUGCUGCGCUCUUACUGGUUUGGGAAAUCAACUGAGAAGAUAAAAGAAAGGACCCAAUUUUAUGAGACCUUUGAAAGCAAGUAUUUUGAGCCUGAACCUACUGACUUGGUGGCAGGUAUCCAGAUUAAACAUUUGUGCAAGACGUUUCGAGUGCGGAAUACUACCAGAGUAGCAGUAAAAGACUUGUCUUUAAAUUUGUAUGAGGGACAGAUAACUGUUCUUCUAGGACAUAGUGGAGCAGGGAAGUCCACCACUCUUUCCAUUCUCUCAGGUCUCUUUCCUCCCUCCAGUGGAGAAGCCUAUAUUCAUGGAUAUGACACUUCAAAGGACAUGUUACAGAUCAGGAAAAACCUGGGCUUGUGUCCCCAGCAAGACCUGUUGUUUAAUUACUUGACCGUCUCAGAACACCUUUAUUUCUAUAGUGUGAUCAAAGAAAUACCUCGGAAGGUUCGUUCUUUGGAAAUCUACCGUAUGCUGUCUGCUUUCAACUUGCUGGAAAAACGUAAUGAAUUUUCAAAGUCACUGAGCGGAGGAAUGAAACGCAAACUCUCCAUUAUUAUCGCACUCAUGGGGGGCUCCAAGGUGGUGAUACUUGAUGAACCGACAGCUGGCAUGGACCCAGUUUCAAGGAGGAUCACCUGGGAUCUCCUUCAGUAUUACAAACAGGACCGCACUAUCUUCAUGACCACCCACUACAUGGAUGAAGCUGACGUCCUGGGUGACCGCAUCGCCAUCAUGGCCAAAGGGACCUUGCAGUGCUGCGGCUCUUCAAUCUUCCUGAAACAGAUAUAUGGUGUGGGAUACCACAUAGUCAUGGUAAAGGAACCUCACUGCGAUGUUGACGAAAUCUCCAAGUUGUUUCAUUAUCAUGUACCAACAGCUGCACUGGAGAACAAUGCUGGAGGUGAAUUGUCCUUUAUUCUACCCAAAGAGUACACUCACAGGUUUCAGGCUUUGUUUACUGAUAUAGAAGAGAGACAAAAAGAGCUCGGCAUUGCCAGUUUUGGUGCCUCUGUUACUACUAUUGAAGAAGUCUUUCUUAGGGUCUGUAAUAUGGCAGAUUCUCAGGCUGCUCAAACUUUUCAGACUCCAUUGUAUGAGAACAUAACCUCAAACAAGAACCAGAAUGUGAAUACCUCCACACAUCUUGACACAGCCAAUUCUCCCACCUUUAUGGAUAGCUCUACUGUUAUAUUUAAUACUGGGUGGUCCCACUAUUGCCAGCAGUUCCGAGCCAUGUUCAUCAAGAGGGCCAUGUUCAGCUGGCGCAACUGGAAGCUAAUGUUGCUUCAGAUAAUGGGAUGUCUCGGUAUCAUAACCUUUCUCUUAAAGGUUGAGAACGCUUCACAGCACUACAAUGAAAUUGCCAGGAAAAUGGAUCCGGAGGAAUAUGGGUCAACUGUUGUGCCUUUAUCUGUUUCUGGGAAUUCUAAUUUGGUUAUGACUCUCUUACUACACCUUGAGAAUGUACUGAGGACUAAAAAGCAAAUUCCUCGGAGAGUUCAAGGUAAUGUAGUGGAUUACUUGAUAACAGAUAAAGACUGUAAUCGUGCAUGCAUUGUUGCAUUUUCCAUUGAAGAAAAAAAAAAGGAAAUUGUCUUAACUGCUCUUUUCAACAAUGAGGCGUACCAUUCACCAUCUAUAGCCCUGACAGUGUUAGACAACAUUUUUGUCAAGGCACUUUCUGGCCCUGAUGGCUCCAUAACUGUCUUCAAUAAACCCCAACCACCCUAUGAUGAUGACGAUCUCCCCAGCAAGGAUUCAGCUGGAGGCAUUGUGGCUUUAAAUGUGCAUUUUGGCAUGGCUCUUUUGAUUAGUGGCUUUUGCCUCCUGACAGUGAUUGAGAGAGUCACCAAGACAAAGCAUAUCCAGCUGAUGACAGGAACCUACAUCUUUAUAUACUGGUUUUCUGCCCUAUUGUGGGAUUUCGUCAUCUUCUUCAUUGCCUGCUGCUUACUAAUGGUGAUAUUAAAAUUCUGUAAAGCAGAUGUGUUUGUCAUGGAGGACCACUUUCUGGACACGAUGCUGACCUUCAUCCUGUACGGCUGGUCUACCAUUCCCCUCAUGUACCUGAUGAGUGCUAUGUAUUCGGAAAGUACUGCUGCCUACAUCAAGCUUGUCCUGUUCAACUACUUUUCAGGCAUUUUCAGUCUUCUCAUAGAAAUUACAUUGCAAUACAAACUUGAAGAAAAAAUGUCAAAUUCCACCAGAACCUUCCUGCUAAAUGCAUUACUGUUGUUUCCCAAUUACAACCUCGCAAAGGCUCUUGAGAAUUAUGCUUCCAUUUACCGUGAGAAGGCACUGUGUUACUCUCUAAAAUAUCCUCCUGGCAACAUAGACUGUGCUAAAGUUACUUUUAUCUUUGUGUCUAAGGAUGCAAUUUCCAAGGCAUUACUUGGGGAAUCUGAAGAUGAAGAUGUAGAAAAGGAAAGGAAAAUCAUUUUGGAACUGCCUCCCGAAUUGCUGAGUACCACCAUACUUAUUAAAGAACUCACCAAGAUCUAUUUUAAGUGUCCUCCUAUUCUGGCUGUGAGAAAAAUCUCCCUUAUAAUAAAAAAAGGGGAGUGCUUUGGAUUACUUGGAUUCAAUGGAGCUGGAAAAACCUCUACCUUCCAAAUGUUGACUGGAGAAAAGCCUGCUACUUCUGGGGAUAUGUUCAUUGAAAAUGUUAGCAUCACCAAAAAUAACCUAAAGGUGAGGUCAAAAAUUGGCUACUGUCCUCAGUCUGAAGCCUUGCUGGAGUACAUGACUGGCCGGGAAAUAUUGACCAUGUAUGCCAGAAUAUGGGGAGUCUCUGAGGCCCAGAUUCACUCAUAUGUAAACCAUUGGUUGAAAUCCCUACGUCUGGAAUCCUAUGCUGACAAGUUUAUCUACACCUACAGUGGAGGAAACAAACGUAGACUGAGUACUGUUAUUGCAUUAAUGGGAAAGCCCUCCGUCAUCUUCCUGGAUGAACCAUCGACGGGCAUGGAUCCAGUAGCUCGGCGCCUCCUCUGGGAUCUGGUAACGAAGAUACGUCAAACUGGCAAAGCCAUCAUCAUAACUUCCCAUAGUAUGGAAGAAUGUGAAGCCCUUUGCACGAGGCUGGCCAUUAUGGUGAAGGGGAAGUUUGCAUGCUUGGGCAGCCCUCAAUACCUCAAAAGCAAAUUUGGCGACUUUUACAUCCUGAAGGCCAAAGUCAAGGCUGAUUCAGAUGAGGAUAAAUUGGAUGAUUUUAAAAAGUUCAUCUCAACAACCUUCCCAGGCAGCAUCAUUAAACAGGAGAGUCAAAGGAUUGUUAAUUACUACAUUCCCAGCAAGGACCACAGCUGGGCAAAGGUGUUUGGCAUUUUGGAGGAAGCAAAAGGACAAUUCAAUUUAGAAGAUUAUUCCAUCAGUCAGAUUACACUGGAACACGUCUUCCUGAACUUUUCUCAAGCAGAUAAAACAGAAGACGAGUAUAGAAAAUAG